ACCACCGCGGCUCCAAAGACCCUCGGACGCGGCCCAGCCCAGGGAAAAGGGGACCGGGCUGACACUACCAUCUCCGUUACAUCUUCGCCGCCCGAGGAGUGCUCUCGGAGGGACACGGGAGUCAUCGCACCGCCCCCGGGACCGAACUAACAUCCGGCUAUGGCAGAAGACUUAAAAAGUCUUUUGGGCGCAGGAAGCGUCCGAGAGCUGCAGCAGAAGCUGGAGAACUGGCAUCACGACUACGAGAUGAAUUCCAGUUGUGAAAAUAUGAGCCGAUGCUGUGAAAUAUUAGAACUGAACACCGCAAUUCAAAAGCAGCUCUUCUCAAUUCUCAGUGAAACAUCUCAAGAUGCUGAUAAAUGCGCAGAAGUAAUAAAAAGCUGUAUCACGCCAAGCCCAUGCUGUGCUGCUUCAGGAGCACAGGAUUCAGCUGGAGGAGAACUACAGCUGUGUGAUUUGGCCAGCAAUCCGAAAUGUAGACUGAAAGAUUUGGAGAGCAAACUAGCCGAAACUCGUCUGCAGAUCAACCGGAUGGAACGAGAGCUUGCACGGACCUGCCCUCCUUGCUCUCCUUGCCCUCCUUGCUCUCCUUGUCCUCCUUGCUCUCCUUGCCCUCCUUGCUCUCCUUGCCCUCCUUGCUCUCCUUGCCCUCCUUGCUCUCCUUGCCCUCCUUGCUCUCCUUGCCCUCCUUGCUCUCCUUGCCCUCCUUGCCCUCCUUGCGCUCCUUGCUCUCCUUGCCCUCCUUGCUCUCCUUGUUCUCCUUGCCCUCCUUGCGCUCCUUGCUCUCCUUGCCCUCCUUGCGCUCCUUGCUCUCCUUGCCCUCCUUGCUCUCCUUGCUCUCCUUGCCCUCCUUGCCCUCCUUGCCCUCCUUGCCCUCCUUUCCGGUGUGGGAGUGGCCGAUCUGUUUGCGUGAAGAGCUGGUCACCUGCCCAGAGCAGACGGGUUCAUGCUUCGCGUCGCGCCUGCCUCAUAGCGCGCUUCAACUUCAUCUAUGCUAAAGACCGCUUGGAUGCAGAGGCCCGUUUGAGGACAUUCGUCUGUGACAUGGAGAUGGUGCAGAGGAUAAUAUACCUUGCAGUUGUGGAAUCUUUCCGUGCAGCAAGGAUGGCCUUCUGGAAGCUCAAAAUACAUCUAAAAGAGACUUUGCCUCUAUGUCACUUGGCGGGACCUGGGUCAGCUGAACUUGCUAUCCUGGAUUAUAUGGCUUGCCACAAGGAAGUGUAUGACGUUUGUUGCAGUGUCCAGGAAGUAAUUUGCACCUUGAGCAUGAAUCCAAAGCUUCCGUGUCCAGUAGAGGUUGAUUUUGCUGUGCUCAGCUGUUUGAUUCGAGAGCUGUGCUGUUUGGCUUUUCAAAUGCAGACACUUCUUCCUGCUCUUGAUAUUGCUGUUGGUGUUGAUGGAGAGCUUUUCAAUAAGUGCAUGUACUAUCGUAGUUGUGACUCAGAUUUCACAGCUUGCUUUGUGGCCUAUCACGUCUGGCCUGCUCUGAUGGAAAAUGGUAAUGUAAUUGUGAAGGGAGAGGUAGUCACCAAAAGAACUGUUCCGUGUUGUCGCAGAAGCAGAGUUAGAAGCAAAAGCUGCUGCUGUGGGCGUCGUCUCCUGCCUGGUCAAGUAAGCCUCUGCUAAAUGUCUGUAGUGUUAAG